AUGAAGGUCGCACUAUUGUCUUUCAUUGUAACUCCCGUUUCUGCGUGGUCGGUCACAUUCCAUGACCGCGACCAGUGCGCCGGUGGAACGACAUUCCACUACGGCGGCGGCUCUAACACAGGGACUGAACACCUCGCUCAGUGUUUCACAAUGACUAGCAUCAACAAGUCGUACGCCAACUAUGAUGCUAAGAGUGUCAACAUCGUUUUUGGAGGUUGCACUAUUGACAUUUUCACGGAUCGCUUGACGUCCCCGGGACUCGCCGGGAUGGAUGUAUUCAGUAUGUUUGACUUUGGCGUCUGA